GAUAGUAGGAGGUGCAUCCUGGGAAAUAAACCAACAUGGGGAGCAGAUCCCAUGCAGUACUAACAUCAUGAUUGAGUAAGAGACAGCAUUGCUGCAAUCAUCAUCAUCAUCAUCAUCAGACAAUAAUCGGAUAUUAAGUCAUUCGUGGAUUCCCCCUGUACUAUUACUGCUGAGCCAGCGACUCCCGAUCAAUCCUCCGAGACAAUGUGAUUGCUUCUGGCUGGCCCUGUGUGCUUGUUUUAAGAGCUCUACUGGGGGAAGUGCAGCACUCCCGAUCUUUGCCGGAUGAUGGACAGGAACUACCCGACUCCAAGCUUCCCGGACCCGUUAGUUCCACCAGCACAGACUGCAGCUUGGGCCUACGAGCGCAGCACAGCGAGCAUCAAGCCGAGUUUGAGCUAUGGCGGGACGCAUCCAUCACACCCUGAACAUGAGCUUCUCCACAGACAGUCGUACACAGCUUCACAUCAACUUCCUGGCUAUGUUACAGCACAUCAUCCAGCAGGGCUGUCAGGAUUAUUUGAUGCAGGUUUGCACACUGGCAGUAACCCUACAGACACGUCAGUCAUGAACUUCCUCUCUGCUCUUGAGUCUCGCAAUCCACAGACUGGGACUGCUGUAGCCUCCCUUCUUCCACAGUUCAGAACUCCCUCAUGGCAGACAGGCAUGCAUUCAUCAGCUGCUGCAGAGUUAUUUGUCACUGGAGCUCUACCAGCUCCAGGAACGUUUGCACCCACAUCGGCGCUCUCUGCCUAUCAGCACCCCAAUACCUUCACUACGAGAAACUUUGCCACUACUCCAUCAUUGACACUUCAAGAUGCAUCUUUCAGUCCAUCCUCGAAUGGUCUUUUGUCUCCUCAUGACCCCUUACUGCAAAUGAAAGCAACGCAGGGCACUGUUCCAGCUGCCCUGACAUUCGACCGCAUUGGAAGCACUGUCUUGAGCACCAGCAUACCUCCUCAGUCAUCAACAUAUCGUUCAGCCCAGGAAUCUGCCCCUCAUCUCUUACAACCCCAGUUCAGUUUGCUGCCCUCAGCUCUUGGUGGUGGACAGCAGGCUUCCCAGCCUUACAGCACAUCAAUCUUCACAGGUUCUACUGCCUCCAUCGAAAGAGCACUUCAGCGAGAAUGUAGUGUUAUCAAACACCAUCAGCGGCCUUCCAGUACUCAGCCGGUUCAGGCACAAUUGUCAAGUCCUCAGCAUUCCUUACAGGGUUACUUAACAAGUGGAAGUGGAGUAUCUUUCCAGGAUCCAUCUAGGCAACCUGCGCUGCCCUGCAGUCCACUAGGAGAUAAUACUCAGGUGAGUAAUGGAGGACCACAACAGAAGGCAUCACAAGCCACACUGGAGCAAACUCAGGCUUACCCAUCAACAAUUCCCUCUCCGGGUUAUUCAUCUACGUCUGCCACAAAAGCAAAAGACUGUUCUACCAAACGCACUCAGCGCACAUCAAAGACAACCAAAUCCGAAAGUGUAUCCCCUAACGUGCAGCCACAGAGUUACUCUGCUUCUGCACAGAAGCAGAGCACAGUAAUAGCCAGCCAGCCACAGGCAUACUCUUCAGCACAACUACCUAAUUUGAUGUCAGUAAGCCAAUCGCAGAACUAUGUUGCAUCACAAAACAUGCCCACGAGUGUCAGCCAUUCACAGGUGUAUUCUUCCAGUCAGUCAGAAAAGUUGCCUUCAUUGUAUAACUCAGAAAACCUGACACCUGUUAGUGAGACACUAAGCUACUCUUCCAGUCAUCAACAAGUUUUGUCUUCAGUUGGACACAAUGAAGACUACACUGGUCAAGCACAAGGCUUGUGUUCAGUUAAUCAGUCUCAAAGCUAUUCUUCCAGCCACUCUCAGGGUUUGCCUACUGUGAGCUAUUCUGCCCAGUCACAGGGUCUUUCAUCAGUCAGCCCAUCACAGAGCUAUGCUUCUGGACAAUCCCUCACUCUGACCUCACAGUCUCUGUCAUUUUCUUCUUCUCGUGCCCAGAAUUUGCCAGUUUCAACCCAGAAUUAUAUUUUAAUGCAUUCUUCACCAAGCAGUCAAACAAAAAGUGGCUCAUCGCCUCAGUCUCAUAAGUACUUGCCUCCAGUUCAGUCGCCUACUUUCUCUUCAUCCUCGCAUUCACAAGCUUUGCAGAAUCACCAACCAUCCUCUGACACAAAGCUAACAUACGGUAAAAGGAAGUCGGAUUCAAGUUUAUUUGUCCUGUCUAAGCAGGAGGAAGAUGAAUUUCCUAUUCAAGACUUGCAAGCAUUACAACAGGCUUCCCUUGAAGCAUCAGCUCAAAGUCUUGCAGAAAGUGAGCUAGUCGAGCAAAACACAGUGUACGUUGUCUCGAAGGCAGACGACAGAUAUAAUUCACAGAGUGUGAUAAGGAGCCAUUCACGGCCUGAAGAUCAGAUUAUUGGCCUAGCUCAUCAGGGAUCUAAAAAGGAAGAGAGAAUGAGUUCCUUAGCCCAUCACAGGCAGCAUGUUGGUGGUGCCAACAAUAGGGUAGUCCAAGACUUGAAAAAGACCUCUAGUUUAACACACACUUCACAUCUCAGCAUAAGCACAGAAGAUUUAAAACAGCACUCUCUCCUACAUAAGGUACAAGAAACAAGACAACAAGACCAUCAGUCCCAGGAAAUCAACACUCAACAACAAGGUCAGCCCCAUGCUUUACGGCAAACCCAGCACGUAAGACUACCGAGUGCUCAGGUACUUCUAGAGCCUGCACGAGAUCUGCAGAUGAUUUUACUGCAGCAGUCCUUGCUUCACCAAGGCCUUGACCAGUCUAAAAUGCAACAGAUCCAGGCACAGUACCUUCAAAUGGAAGAUCUCAUUAUUCAUUCCAAUGGAGGUCAAAAUCAGCAGCACAUUCUUCCUCCAAAUUCAGAGGUAAUGAAAAUAGAUGUGACAGAAGCGUCAAAAUCACUUCAGCAACAUCCAACGCUAAAAGAUCAUUUCAGUCAACCAAAUCAGCAUGAAUCGAAGCAUCACUUUGCUCUGAGUUCCAUAUGUUUUCCAGAUUCAAUGUUGCUUGGUGAUGAGAGGAACAUCUUGUCCAAUGUUGAUGAUAUUUUGGCUGCCACUGCAGCAGCUUGUGGGGUUACUCCACAGGAGUUUGCCAAACCUAGUUCUAGUGAAGGUGAAAUUUCAUCACUUGGGAGCCUCACUGAUUCAAAGUCACAUUUUCAAUCGGUUGAUGCAAGGCAUGUAUCUCCUAAUUUCACCUCACAUUCUAUAGUCACAAACCCACAAAACAUUAAUAUGACUUUAAAUGGUAGUCAGAUGAAUAUGGGUCUCCAUUCAGUGUCUACAUUGCAGUCCAAGAGUUCAGCCCUUGAACACCAAGGUUUGGAGAAUUCAGAUCCUAGUGUACAGGCUGGAUUAACCCCUCCAGCACUAAACUCUAGGCAAGACCUUGGAGAUAAGAGCACAAGUUCUUUUCAAAAGAGCAGAAGCACUAGCCAAGAAUCAGAAGAAAAUGACGAAAUACAAGAUCAAAGGGCUUUAAACCAUAUAAAUAAUCCUGACUUUGCCCCUAGUGGGAGGAGUAUAAGUGAUGAAAGUGCUGCUUCAGAAAAUGAAUAUAAUUUAGCUGGGGAAGACUACGACCCAGCUGGGCUAUUGAACAAGGCGAAGCAACAAAUAAAGCCAAAACUGAAAGCACAAGCACAUCUCGGAGGGACAGCAAACAUUAAAAUAGAGGAGGGGGUGCUAGAUUUUUCUCCGGAUGGUUUUCCAAAGAAAAAAUCCAAGGCAAAAUUGUCAGUUAAGCUGAUUGCAGAGGAUGAGAACGGCAACCCGAAACCUAUGAAACGAAGUGGGCAGGGUAAGCGUCAAAACUCCAGAGGAAGUGACGCCAACUCCCCUUCCACUUCAGACAGCUGCUAUGAUAGCUAUCAGCAUCAGGAGAGAAUUCGGCAAAAAAUCAGAGAGGUGGAGGAAAAACAGCCGGAGGUUAAAACAGGUUUCAUCGCUUCCUUUUUGGACUUCCUAAAAUCCGGCCCUAAACAGCAAUUCUCCGCUCCCGCUAUCCGAACGCCCAAUCGCACAAGAAAACCACCCAUCACUUCCAUACGGCCACCGUUUCCCCCACCGCCACCUGCAAAGUCCCAGCCUCUGCCAGUACCUUUAAUGUCUUCAGAGAGUGGUGGUGGAAGUGCACCAAAAAAACUUGAUGAUGACCUGAAGAAGAACUUGGAAACAUUGCCGUCUUUCUCUUCUGAUGAAGAUGAUUCAGUAGGAAAGAAUCGGGAUCUUCAGCAGAGCAUAACCUCAGCAUUAUCAGCAUUGGACGAGCCUUCUGAGAAAAAGAUGAAAUCCGAACAGGAACCAAAUCUCCUUGUUCCUGUUAUAAAGCAGGAGCAACCUCCAGGUACACCUUUAUCUAUAUUAAAGACGCAGGAACCACCAGCUCUACCAACAGCAGCAGAAACCAUCCCACAAGAUGAGCUUAAGGACAUUCCUUCCGACCAGCGGGCUUUGAAACAGGCAUCUGCUGCAAUCGAGGGCUCUACGGAUGAAGAGAACUCUGACAGUGGAGGGGAGGGAAUGUACAGGGAGAGAGAUGAAUUUGUAGUGAAGAUUGAGGACAUAGAUAGCCUGAAGAUUACACUGAAAGCAGGGAUAGAGCCUCCUGCUAUAUGGAAGGUACAAAAAGCUUUGUUGCAGAAGUUCGUGCCUGAAUUGAGAAAUGGGAACAGGGUGUUUUCUGCAACCAACAGUUAUCUUGGAUACUUUGGGGACGCAAAGACCAAGUACAAACGAGUGUAUGUGAAGUUCUUGGAUACUGUAAACAAGAAAGAGUAUGUACGAGUGUGCAACAGGAAGCCAAGAUGCAAACCAGUGCACUCAAUGAGGAGUGUCCAGCCUAAGUUCAGCAACAAGCCUGUGUCUGAUUCGGCUUCUGCUCCCGCUCCUGAAGCUGUGGUACCUAAAGCUGCAUCGACUAAAGUCUCUACACCCAAAGCCAAACAGCAGAAAGUCAAGGCUGAACCACCGCCAAAAAAACGAAAAAAAUGGAAAGAAGUAUUUACACCAUCUCCAUCUGAAUCCUCUCUCGAGGCACAGAGUGAAGACGAUGAGUUUACUCCUCCUGUUCCAUUUGCAACUCGAUUCCUGAACACCAGGACCAUGAAAGAAACGUUCAAGAGCUACAUGGAGCUGCUAAUCAGUGUUGCCUUGGAUGCAGAUGUGAUGGAGGCUCUAGAGAAAGCCAAGGAUGAACUGCUUUUGCCUCAUGUGAAAAAGGUUGAUGGCAUGAUUACAGACAACAGGAGGAGACUGCUUCCAAAACUGCGUGCUGCACAGAUGUUUAAGGGUGCAUUGGACAGUUUUCCAGAACUGACGGUUGUGCCAGAUUUAAAAAAGGGUGAAAACACUACAUGUAAAAUACAACUGAGUGGGAAGGCCUACAACAAGAGGACACUGAGAGCAGCUAAAGCUUCUAAGAAACUGCCACUGGAGUAUACAGUGGAUAAGGACAAAACACAGUGGUUUUCUUUGUAUCAUUCACUCCAGCAUUACAAAUACCACACAUACCUUAUGUGUAAAGAUGAGAUUUCGGCAGUUCAAAAACAAAAUAAGGAUUUAGGUCAGGAGGAGACCGUACAGCUCUGCAUGAAAAAUUCCAAAUGGGUGGAAACUCUUUUUGAGAAGUUUGGUGAACUUCUGACACAAGUACAACAGACCUGUUUAUAGCAGACAAAUCAAUGAUCUCAUCAGUUCCUUUUAAAAUAAAUAAAAUAGCAUUUUAUUAAUGAGCACUAAUAAAUUAUACAGUAAAGACAUGAUGAAAUGUUGGCAUCUCACAGUGCCAGAGUCAAAGCUCUUAUUUGGGCAUUUCUGCUUCAAUAAUGGAUCCUGCAUAUGGUGCUGACAACAGCCUGGGACUGUACUUACUCUGUUUAACAUACAUCACAUUCUGUAUGCUGGCCAGCGUUUUUGAAUGGGUUUUCUACUUUGUAAUCCUUUUUAUGUAAUGAGUACACUUUUUUUAAGACACUUAUUUAACAGAUCAAAUUGGCAAGCAUGCACUAAAAGGUGUUGGUAUAGGAAUAAAAAAACACCUUCAAUCUGAGAACUAAUUGUUUUAAUUUUUUUUUUUUUUUUGCGUUAUUCAGUCAUUAAAGAAAAAUAGGAAAAAAAAUGGUGGUGGUAAUGAAAACAAUAUCAAUUUCUACAAUGGAAUGCCAAAUUUAUAAAGAAUAUUGUACAUUUUGUAAAGAAAGCCUGUGUCAUUACAUUCUUAAAAAAAGAAAUUGACAUAAUAUAGAAACUUGUUUCUUUUCUUUUUUUGCUUUGAAAGACGCCUUUUUAUUAUAACAGUGUUCAAAGGCUGAACAUGGAGUUGGUGCAAUCCUAAAACUGCUUUUUUUGUGACAAAUUAUAUUGUAAUGAAAUACAAUGACCGUAACUAUUUUCUCUGUUUUUGAAUAAAAAAAAAAAUAUUUUGCCGUUUUAUACUCCUUUUUUUUUUUUUUUUUUUUUUUUUAAUGUACAUUUUAUCUCACUAAUAGUUGUAUUUUUCACAAAGAAAAUAUUGUGGUUGAAUUUGUUUCAUGUAUCUUUUUGUAAUACACUUUUCAUUGUUUCCAGAAAAUCCCUAUACAUUUGUUGAUUUACAUAUUGUAUACAGUACUAUAUAUCUUAAGGUAAUCUUUCUUUGUUUAAUAGGAGUUUGCUUCAAUUUUAACCAGAAUAUGCAUUCAGUAUUUGACUAGUUUUGCUUUUUAAGUGUACCUGUGUUACACACUGCAAUUAUGUUCUGAUACAUGAAAAUAAAUUUCCUACUAAACAAGGACA